UUAGAUUUAUGACUUGGUUUGCAAUAUUAAUGUAUCACGUGCAGUAUUAUUUUAUAUAUAAAAAACUAUUUAGGUAUGCUAUAUGGUUCGUCAUAGCACUUUAAAUAUAGCUUCAAAGUAUAACCUAUAGGUCACAACAUUUUGAGUAGAAGAUUGAGAGUAAUAAUGGAUCAAAUUUCAUCAGAUAAAAAAGAAGGUUAUAGUACUGAAAGUAAACCUCAUGCUGUAUGCAUUCCUUACCCAAGUCAAAGCCACAUCAAGGCAAUGCUUAAAUUUGCAAAGCUACUUCACAACAAGGGUUUCUACAUAACCUUUGUCAACACUGAGUUCAACCACAAUCGCUUCCUCAAGAACUCCUCCACAAUUUCCUCCUCACCGAGCUUCCAGUUCGAGACGAUUCCCGAUGGCCUUCCGCCCUCGGAUCAAGGACAGGAUUCGACACAAGACAUCCCUUCUCUUAGUGAUUCCACUCGAAAGAACUUUUUGGGCCCAUUCCUUGAGCUCCUCAAAAAACUUGCAUACCAAACCAAAAGUAAUAGUAGCAAGGAUGAUGUUCCUCCUCGUGUGAGUUGCAUUAUUAAUGAUGGAGUCAUGACUUUUGCUAUUAAGGCAGCUCAACAGCUUGGACUUCCUGUGGUUCAGUUUUUCACAGUUGCUGCAUGCGCUGUUAUGGGCAUCGCCAACUACCGCCCUUUACUUGACAAAGGAAUUGUACCACUAAAAGAUGAGAAUGAGUUAAAUGAUUUUCUAGACACAAGUAUGGAAUGGAUUCCGGGAAUAAAAGGUCUCCGAUUUCGAGAUCUACCAUCAUUUUGUAGGAUCACUGAUUCCAAUGAUAUUAUGUUUAAUUGGAUCAUAGAGUCAAUUGAGAUGGCUUCAGAAGCUUCAGCUGUUGUUAUUCAGACAUUUGAAGCAUUGGAACCACAUGUUUUGGAUGUUCUUUCUUCAACUACUUCACUUCCAAAAAUAUAUCCAAUUGGACCACUCCAACCUCUACUCGAUCACUAUCCACAACAUUCUCUACACACUGUCACCUACAGUCUUUGGAAGGAAGAAACUGAGUGUAUAAAAUGGCUUAGUACUCAAAAGCCUAACUCAGUCAUUUAUGUCAAUUUCGGAAGUAUAACGGUUCUGAGUGAGCAACAAGUUAUUGAAAUUGGUUGGGGUCUCGCAAAUAGCGAUGUUCCUUUCCUGUGGGUGAUUAGACCAGACUUGAUAAUUGGGGAAGGUAGGCUACCAUCUGAGUUUUUGGACCAAACCAAAGAAAGAAGCCUAAUCAUAAGUUGGGCACCACAGGAGGAUGUGUUAAAUCACCCCUCCAUAGGAGGAUUUUUGACACAUUGUGGUUGGAAUUCAAUACUGGAGAGCUUGACUAGUGGGGUGCCUAUGAUUUGUUACCCAUACUUUGCUGACCAACAAACCAAUUGUUGGUUUGCAUGCAAUGAAUGGGGUGUGGCGGUGGAGAUUGAAAGUGAUGUAAAGAGAGAUCAAGUGACAAAUUUGGUUAAAGAGUUAUUCGAUGGAGAAAAAGGUAAGAAAAUAAAGACUACGGCAAUGGAAUUUAAGAAAUUGGUACAUGAAGCCACUACUCCAAGUGGGAGCUCGUCUACAAAUUUGGAUGAUUUGAUUAAUGAAGUGCUCUUGCAUCAAACUGAUUAAAGAUUUUAUAUUUAUAAUAUUAUAUAUUUAAUUAGGUGAGCACAUUUUGUGGUGUUUGGUAAUAAAAUGUCCCUUUUCUUUUUUAAUUGUUUUUUUUAGAUAAAAUCUUUAGUUGUUAAUUUAUGUAAUCUCUGUAUGUUUAUUUGUCGGUGUUAUUUUAUUUAAAUGUACUUAUUAAUUGCAACA